AUGAAGAUCGUCCCAGACGCUCUGGCUUUGCAGGCGUUGGUGGCCUCGGCCGUCUCGGCCGCUGUCUUGUUGCCUCGCGACUCGACGCCAACCAACACCUCGUCCGAAGUCACCGCGAUCAGCCCGGAGAAUCCCUUCCCCACCAACGUCGGCUACGCAGGCAAGACAAAGUACGGCACUCCUCCCUUGCUCGCCGUCACGGACCGCAUCCCCGGCCAACUCAACGAUGCGUCCAUCGAGACUCGCUGGAAGCCGCUCGAUGCGGCCAACAACGACACGUACAACAUCUUUGAGCAUCUCGGCAACCAAUCUCCCUACUUUUCCUCGCCGCUUUUCGCCGAGUUUCAGAAGGAGCAUGCUCGUCUCAGCCAGAACUGCACCGUCAAGCAGGUCCACAUCCUCCAUCGUCAUGGUGCGCGAUACCCGACCUCGUCCACCACCGAGGGUGCACCCUACUUUGGCGCUGUCAUGGCCAACGUUUCCAAGCUCAACCAUCCAGAAUCCAACUUUUCGGCUUCAGGCCCGCUCUCGUUCCUGAACAGCUGGACUUAUGAGCUGGGUGCCGAAGUGCUCAACCCCGUCGGCACGCAGCAGCUCUUCGACUCGGGCGUUCAUCACUACUACCAGUAUGGCAGGCUAUACAAUGCGUCGAGCGAGCUCAAACCUGUCAUCAGGACGACGAGCCAACAGCGCAUUCUCGAUUCAGCACGCUACUGGACACUCGGCUUCUUCGGAUGGGAUGCACCUACAAAGAUCAAUCUCGAGGUGAUCCUCGAAGGCGGCGAUGCGCUUGGAGAACCGGACGCGUUCAACAACACCCUCGCCUCGUACGACACGUGCAACAACUCCAACACCAUCACCGUCGGCGACACCUACCUGCGACCCGUUUGGGAUGCCAUCUACCUCACACCUCCGCGACAACGCCUCCAGCAGUACGUGUCAGGUCUCGAAUUGACAAACGAGAUGGUGUAUGGUAUGCAGAGCUUGUGCGCGUACGAGACGGUUGCGUUGGGCUAUUCGCACUUCUGCCCUCUCUUUACUAAAGACGAGUGGGAUGGGUUUGAGUACGAUCUCGAUCUUCAAUUCUCUGGUGAUUACGGUAUCAUGAGCCCUAGCGGUAAAGCUCAGGGCAUCGGAUGGGUGAGCGAAUUCCUCGACCGUCUCACCAACACCACCUGGAAUCCGGCUACCAUCACCACCGAGAACAGCACGCUCGACUCUAACCCCACCUACUUCCCUCUCAACCAGACCAUCUAUGUCGACUUUUCCCACGACGACAUUCUCCUCUCGGUGCUUACUGCGCUCAACUACACACAAGUCAUCGGCGAAUAUCUCGACCCCGCCAAUCCGGAUCCCAACCGCACGUUUGUGCUCAGCCACAUCACCCCGUUCGCCGCGCGUCUCGUGUUUGAAAUCAUCGAAUGCGACCACAAACCUGGCAGGUUCGUCAGAACAAAGCUCAACGAAGCCGUCAUCCCUUACAGCACCGCCCAAGGCUGUCCUCACGCCGCAUCGCUCUGUCCGCUCGACGAGUUUGUCAACUUCCAGCGUACCCAUGCUUACAAGCACGCAAAUUUCAACAAGGCUUGCUUCGGCACCAAUGGCACCGACUUUGUCGUCACCGGUCCCGUCCGAAACGGUACUGUCUAUUAG